AUGAAUGACCCAAAUCCUCAGGUUCAGGAGCUGAGUCCCUGGACAGACGAGCCGCCCGCCAGCACAGAGUGGUACCCAUGGGACUAUGAUGCCAAGACACCGGCCUUGCCUGAGUUGUGUGAGAAGCAGGCCAUCCGCGCUGUGGCACGAGUCUACCUGCCGGUGAUGGCCGCCCUGUUCUGCCUGCCGGGGGUCCUGGGCAACGGGCUACUCUUGCUGAUCCAGGCCUGUUACCGCCACUCCCGGUCCCUCGGCAACGUCCUCCUCUUGCACCUAGCGGCCUCUGAUUUGCUGCUGCUCCUGACUCUGCCUGUGGGUGUGGCUGGUGUGGUGGGCAGCUGGCACCUAGGCUCUGCCACAUGCCAGGCCUUGCAGGGCCUCCAUGCCCUCACCUCCUACAGUGGCUUCCUCUUCCUCAUGGGCCUGACAGUGGACCGCUACGUGGCCAUUGUGCAGGCCCCCACUGCCUACCGCCUGCGCCCCAUGGCCGCUCGUUGGGGCAGGCUGAGCUCCGGUCUGAUGUGGCUGCUCUCAGCCGCUCUGGCCCUGCCCCAGUUCCUGUAUGCCCGGGUGGAGGACCACAGCGGCUUUCCGCUCUGCAGGGUGGCCGUCGUGACAGCUGCAGUGAGUCUGGUCCAGGUGGGCCUUGGCUUUGUGCUGCCCUUUGUUCUGAUGGGGGUCUGCUAUGCGGCCAUUGCCCACACCCUACUGUCCUCCCCUUGUGCCCGGUCCCAGAAGGCCUUGCAGUUGAUCGUGGCCUUGGUCUUGCUGUUUGUAGUCUUGCAGCUCCCCUACGCUCUGCUGACUGUCCUGGACACAGCUGACCUGGUGGGUCGCCAGGCCUCGAGCUGCCCAGCCAUCCUCCGGCGGGAGCUGGCCCUGCUCAUCACCAGUGGCCUGGCCUUGGCUCGCUGCUGCCUGAACCCCAUCUUCCAUGCCUUCCUGGGCGUGCGCUUCCGGAGGGAUCUGCAGCAGCUGGCCAGAGAUGCCGGCUGCCGGCUGCAGGGAGCAUGCUGUGGCAAAAGAGCCCAGAAGAGAGGCAGCCGGCAGGCAUCACUCUCCACUGCCUGUCUGGAAGGAACCUCAGGAGCACCAUGA